UAUAUAUAUAUAUAUAAAUCACUUGAGAAUUACCCUGCUAACUAAUAUGAGAUGAAUAACGGAUACUAAUGUCGCGUUAAAGACAACAAAUUGAUGAUGGACUUUUCCAAUCGGACUGAUUUACGACAAACGUAAAAUUUUUAUCCCAUGACUACUGACAUCAAUAAUUCUUUUUGUAAUAUUUUGCAGGUACCAUUGAGUAACAAGUAUGCUAUCUAGUGAUUAAAAAUAAGCAAAAAAUAACAGUCAAUUCAAAACUUUCUGUUUUACGUGACAUCUUGGGAGCUUUCGGCUAUCUUGUCUACAUUUUGAAACAGUCCCUUUGAUAAAUUUAGGCGACAAAAUGAGAAGAUAAAGUUCAUCGGAACUAUGUAAUAUAUGUGUGUAAUACACUUCGAACAAUUUGAUUAGAUAUUUGCUGGUUUUGAGUGUAUUGGACUAAUAUAUAACAUGGUUCUGAUAAAUGAUUUUUAUUUGCAUUAUCUGUGUCUUGGGUCAAUUCCUCGGAUAUCAUGUUACUCGCUGUUGUGAUCACAUUACUUUUACUGACUCCAUAGGGUUGAUGUAAGCUUAAUGUGAGCUAACUCAUAAAAGCAUAGUUAUAAGCAGAAACUAUUCUUAUAUUAAAAUAAGCUUCAAUACGUAACGUAGAUCUGAUUAACUUUAGGAAAUUUCACUUAGAAUGAUCUUUCAGUACGUAAUUUAGCUUGUGUAUCCAGUAUUUCACAAUGUUAAUGGUUAUUUAACUUCAGAAGGAAUAACUGGUACAAUAGUUGGAGAGUGAUUAUCGCGUCAUAUGAAGCUUUUUCUCGUGCGUUACGGUAGAGUCCCGUUUAGUUAAGUUCAAAAGUGAUUUCAUGUUUUUGCCAGUAUAAUGAACAUUCUCAUGAAGUAUAAAAAUGAAAAUGUAUUAAAAUUAAGGAUUACCUUUUUUCUGUGCAUCAUGAUAUUUAUCUUUGCAAAUAAACAGUCAUUUCUAAAACCAAGUACGUCAAGACAUCGGUCCAAGAAAGUACGUAUAAAUAUACAUGAAUCGAUAAAUUUUCAUCUGAAAGCUGCGAUUAGAUUAGAGAAAUUGAAAUCAAAUAAAAGAAAGCUUCCCGAGAUGCAACUGUGCGUAGUUCAUCCUUUUUUUAUUUUUCUUGCAGAAUAUUACAUGUCUAAUCCAGAUUUGCUUCCAGAUCUACUGUCUGACUCAGUUCUAAAUGCCUUGUCACUUGAGACUUUAGUCAGGCAAGGAGCAGAAGCACGAAUCUAUCGCACUAAGUUGUUCCAUUCAACAUAUACUUUUCCAUGUAUUGUUAAAGAAAGAUUCGUCAAACGUUAUCGUCAUAGUACAUUGGAUGCCACUUUGUCAAUGCAGCGAAUGCGAGCUGAAGUCAGACAGAUGUUGCGUUGUAGAGAAGUAGGAAUAGAUGUCCCUCCAGUCCUUCUGGUUGAUGUUCGACGACGUCGGAUUUGGCUCGGUGAAGUUGGUCCAGAUGCUGUCACACUUCAAGACUGGUUUAAAAACUUAUCUUCUCUAGCAACUGCAUCAGAUUUAUGUACCAUGGAUAUCCAGGAGAAAACAGCUUCACGAUUGCGAAAUUUAACAACGGCAUUAGGUCGACUACUUGCUCAGCUACAUUCUAACCAUAUAAUACAUGGUGAUUUGACUAUGUCCAAUAUUCUGGUUCAACAGGUAGAUAAUUGUAACAAAGAAUCCGAUUUUCGAGUCGUUCCUAUAGAUUUUGGACUUUCAAGCUCUUCUUCUGGAUUAACCUCACAACGUUUAGCAGAAGAUAAAGCUGUAGAUCUGUAUGUGUUUGAACGGGCCUUAACCUGUGGCCUUGAUCACAAAGCCCUGUCAAAAAUUACCACUGACCACGCCGAUUUAAAUACUCCAGAAUCGCUUCUGAAUUUAAUUAUAAAGUCCUACCGGGAUAAUUAUGUAUCGACAAUACUGGAUGAUCAACAGAUAAAGUCUAAACAUGAUAAUGCAAAAUCAGGUGGUCAUUUGGAAAAACAAGAUCACGAAGUCAAAGAAAUUUUAAACAAAUUGGAGGACGUUCGACUUCGUGGUCGAAAACGUCUGAUGAUCGGUUGAAUCGCACUUUGUGGGUGCGUUAAGUGAUAACUUUCUGCAAAUUAUCGUACAUGUACAUUAUUUGAAUAAUUGUAUUUUAUAAUUUCUAAACCCGUUUGACGACUCUAAUCCAAUUUCUUUUCUUGGAUACAAAGCCACUAAUGAAAAUAGCAUGAUCAGUCAGGGUUUACGAAAUUCGAAUCGUGAUGUAUCCAAACGUCUGUCACACUAUCAAACUGCAGCCAAAUAGAACGUACCUCCUUCGAAGUAAGUGGAUAAGAAAUUUAGGAUACGCACUAGAACCCGUAGAAUAUCAUAAUAUUGUAUUAAACGCUCGCUAGCAAUUAGUAAGAAAAUAAUGAUAAAUAGUUGAAGUAGGUCGUCCACAAGAAACCUUGAACCUAGGUUUGGUAAUAUUCUAUGCUCGUUAACAAGGUAUACCUGCAAUCUUGUGAGAACUGAUGCUUUCUGGGGUAUUAGAACCCGCCUCACCUAGCUUCACAGUGAGAUGCUAUCACUGAGCCAUUUGAGCUGCUACGGCUUCAAAAACUUGAACAGCUUCGUUAAGUAAUAUAAACUAUCGACACUGAACAGUAGUCUCAGAAUAAAUACCAUUACAAGUACGAUAACGAAUUAGUGAUAAUAAAAAUACUUGGGAUCAGCAGUUCAUUGGGAUGUAGGGUCAGCGGCUAAGACGUCCGACAUCCACCACUAAGUUCCAGGUUUGAGUUCAAAUACACCUACUUCGAUUUAGGAAACAGGCUAGUAUCAUUACCCCUCAUAUUUAGGGUGUAGUACAUACCCAAGUACCUGGUGAAUAAGCAUGUAUUAUUGGUGCUGUGUGAUUAACUAACAUUUGACUUCUAAAAUUAUUGAAAGCGAAAUCAACUGCUGAACAUUAAUAAGUAUAGUGACUACAAAACAGUGAGGUAGAGGUAAAUAAGGUUGGAAGGUACAAAACAAAUUUUAUAGUAAACGUUAUUCGUAGAUAUAGUUAAGAUGUAACUGCUUAAAAGUAGGUGAGUAUUGAGUACAUACUAUUAAUUGUGUUGAGAUAUGGAAAUAAAUUGGAUAAAUGCAGCGUUACCUUAAUGAAUGUAACUUAAAAGAUAGUAUAGUUUACAAAAUCCUAAUAACACAAAAUUACUGUCAAUAUAUAUAUAUAUUCAUGGUCAAAGGACUUUAAAUAGUUAAGUUGUUAUUAUUUAAUAAAAAUUUCCAAGAUCA